AUAGAUAGAAAAUGAGCAAUUUAUCACAAUACAUACAUUGGAAACUUAAAAAAUAUAUGGGUAUAAUAAAAAAAUACAAGACCUUAAAGCACUGACUUAAUAUAAUAAAUAAAUAAAUAUUAUUCCCAAACUAAGCAAAGCUUGUACUAUGGGUGCUAAGCGACGAUAUACAUACUUAUAUAGAUAAAUACAUACUUAGAUACAUUGAAAACACCCAUGACUCAGGAACAAAUAUUAGUGUGAUGACACAAAUAAAUGCCCUUACUGGGAUUCGAACCCAGGACCAUCGGCUUCGCAGGCAGGGUCACUAUCCACUAGGCCAGACCGGUCGUCAAUAUAAAAUAAAUAGAUACACAAAGCAGGACAAAAACGUCAACAAAUGUGGAUCAGAAAGACGUUUUCACACCAUUGGUGUCCUCGAUCUAUCCUCGAUGCUUGAAAGUGCUCUAAAACGAUUCUCUUGUGAUUUUAUACAACGACUGUGCUUGCCCUGGACUCUGAAAAAAUCUGUUUUAUGUGAAUAUACCUAGUGUGCUCAACGGACUCUGAUUUGCUGCUUGGAUUGGUUAUUUGUGACAAUGGUUCGAAACAGUGCGAUGUGUUGUGUACCUAAUUGCGGUAAAACGCGAUUAGAUAAUGUAAUUCUUCACAAAUUUCCCUGUCCAAUUAAUGAGGCUGACCGGUUUCGGACUUGGAUUUACUCUGUUGGUGGAGAUGUGUUAUCUUUGGAUAACCAAUUUAUUCAUAAGUACCGAAAAGUGUGUCAUAUUCACUUUGAGGAAAAAUAUAUUAAUCGAAGCGGAAGACUCAGCGAUAUUGCAAUUCCAACACUACAUUUAAAAGGUAACAGAAACAGUAAAAGUAUUGAGUCUGCGCCAUAUUCACAAGAAGCGGAAACCCAUUCUGAACAUUUGCAUAGCAAUACAGAUAACACACCGCAAUUGCCAAUAGAUUUGCAGCCAACAAAGGAGCGUCACCAGUUAAAACUUGAUUUUGAUUUAGCCGAGGUCGGUGAACUGAAUGACCUGAUAGAGGCACACCCUUCUGACAAUGAAGACCCGCCGCCCUCGCCUAUCCCGCCAGAGAUAUCGGAGAACAUUGCUGAGACUAAUGAUGAAACAGAAGGAGAUAAAAUUUUCUCAUGGCAAAAAGCCGAGUUGAUCGAGACAGACGACUCCAACGUCCAGUCGCCGGCGCUGGUGCCACAGACACCAAAGACAUAUGAAGACGGGGCCACGUUAUCAUUGUUCUGCAAUGAACCCGAGUCUCAACCCAGUGAACCAGUAGUUCCCGACCAAGUCGAGUAUCUAUGUAAGGAUUGUGCAGUUGUUAUUGAAGGGUUCUUGUUCUGGUGCGUGCAAUGCGCGUGCGGCCCGCUGUGCGGCGCGUGCGGCGGCUGCGCGCCGCAUAGCACACACUACGUGCUGCGCGCGCCAGGGGGCGCCACUCUUAGACAAACGCGGGCAGUGCUAGCAGCUAUACGACAUCAGCUGCUGAAAGAAAAUCUACUAACAUUGUAUGAAAUCGAUGAAAAUGAUGUGAAAGUGGAAGUGAAACCGGAGCCGGAGCAGCGUCCCUUGUCCCCAUCCUUGCCCCCGAGGCUGCUGCGGGACCCGCUUGACUUAGAGCCCCGACUAGACUCCGAACCCCACUACCUGUCCCCGGACUGUUGCCCACAGGCCGAGGAGUUUAGAAGAGAAUCAUCUCCCGAACUCGUAGAACUUCAAUCCGAGGCCGUGGAGCUCCAACCCGAAGAUAUAGUCGUUGAGUUUGUAAACGAGGAAACAGUCGAUCACCAUCCUUUCAAGCGUCCUAGGCUUAUGAACAACCGAACAAACACAACAAAAGGCGAUAUCCAACAACGAUCCCUACUAAAGGCCCCACCUACAAUUUUGAAAGGAUCACAAACCCUUACAGAUUUAACACCUGGAUAUAUCACAAGAUUAAAACCUCGUAUUAAGUUCAUACCUAGCGAUAGCCCAGGAUCACAAUCUGGUAUAAAGAUUCUAUCUAGUGAUCGCACUGGAUCACAAUCUGAUAGAGAGAUCCUAUAUAGCAAUGGUACAAUAACUCUGUCUGCUAUAAAGAGCCUACCUAGCGAUGGUUCAAGAACUCAAUCUGGUAUAAAGAGCCUACCUAGCGAUGGUUCAAGAACUCAAUCUGGUAUAAAGAGCUUACCUAGCGAUGGUUCAAGAACUCAAUCUGGUAUAAAGAGCCUACCUAGCGAUGGUCCAAGAACUCAAUCUGGUAUAAAGAGCCUACCUAGCGAUGGUUCAAGAAGUCAAUCUGGUAUAAAGAUUAUUCCUAGGGAUCGUACAGUGUCACAAUCUCUUAAUAAAAAAGUCACACCUAGCGAUACUACAAGAUUACAUCUCUCUAGUCAUCUCGGGUCAAUAAUACUCCAAAAAAUUCAACCUAGUGAACUCAGAUCAGAAAUGACCUUAAAGCUCAAAAAAGUCCAGAGCGUCCCCAAAGGCGCAUCCGUCUUAAGGCUCCCACAAAAUCCCAAAGGGCUGAAACUCCAAAUACCACAAAACGAACCCCCUAACCCCAAGGUCAAGGUCUCUAACCCCCUAAAAGAUCCUCAAUCCGAAUCUGUGAUAAAUUUAGACGAAGUAAGUGAGGAAAUAGAGAUUUUAGACGAAGAACUUUUGGCCGAAAGCGAAUAUGAACAAGACCGAUUAGAGAUAGAAAAUCUGGAAGAUGAAGAAGAUUAUGUUACAGAUAGUGAUGUGGACAAAAAUUCUAGAUUUGAGAAAGAUAAACCGAUCGAUCAAGAAGUUAUAGACUAUAUAGAAAGUGAAAUGGAUGAUAGUGAUUUAGAUAAAGAUUAUAGGAUAGAUGAGGAGGAACGGAUAGAUGAAGAUUUAAUAGAUGAGACAGAUGUAGAAGAUGUUACUGAAGGUGUUGGCAGGAGAACAAGGAAAACAACAAAAAGUCUUAGAGCUCAAAGUGAAGUUAUGCGUCAUACGCUGACUUCAGAAGCCGCGGUGCAGCUGCAGCCUCUUACCUCAUUAGAUACAAGAAAGUGGUCGGCCGAGAAGAGACUGAAAUAAACUUUAGGAAUUAUAA